UCCUAGAAAGUAUUUUUCUUAUACCACGUUUGGGGGAUGAGUCACCAUUGCAGAAUGGCCGUUGUAGGAAACUAUCCUCUCCCGCCAAACUCAAAUCCAAGUCCAAGAACCAAACACUCCCAAGAAAGAAAACAAAUCAUCUAUCUGUUGCAGAAAUGCAAAAACAUCAACCAAAUCACUCCAAUACACGCUCAAAUCAUCAGAAACGGCCACGAACAAGACCCCUUUAUCGUUUUCGAGCUUCUUCGCGUUUCCUCUAAUUGCAAUUCCAUCGAUUACGCCUCCAAGGUUUUCCAGCAGAUUCAGAACCCGAAUGUCUAUCUCUACACUGCUCUCAUUGAUGGGUUUGUAAAGUCUGGGUCUUACCUUGAUGGGAUUCGAGUAUAUUCUCAAAUGGUUGAGGCAUGUGUCAUGCCUGACAACUAUGUUGUCAGUUCGGUUCUCAAGGCAUGUGGGUCUCAAUUGGGUUUGAAGGAGGGUAGAGAGAUUCAUGCACAGGCUUUGAAGCUUAGUUUGAGUUCAAGUCGUUCAGUGAGGAUGAAACUUGUUGAACUCUAUGGAAAAUGCGGUGAAUUUGAGGAUGCGUGGCUGGUGUUUGAUGAAAUGCCUGAACGAGAUAUUGUUGCAUUGACCGUUAUGAUAUCAUGUUAUGUAGAUCAUGGAUUGGUAGAGGAAGCUAGGAAUAUUUUUGAUGGGGUUCAGACAAAAGACACUGUUUGUUGGACGGCUAUGAUUGAUGGGUUUGUUAGGAAUGGGGAAAUGAAUAAAGCUUUGGAAUUGUUUAGGGAUAUGCAAAGGGAAGGGAUGAGACCGAAUGAAGUGACAAUCGUUUGUGUUUUAUCUGUGUGUUCGCAGUUGGGAGCGUUAGGGCUUGGACGGUGGGUUCAUUCCUAUGUGGGGAAAUAUGGGAUUGAGCUCAAUCAUUUUGUUGGUUCUGCUUUGAUCAACAUGUAUUCGAGAUGUGGUAGUAUUGAUGAGGCAGAACGAGUGUUUGAGGGGCUGAAAGAGAGAGAUGUCACUACUUAUAAUUCCAUGAUUGCCGGGCUUGCCUUGAAUGGAAAGAGCAUUGAGUCUGUAGAGAUGUUUCGACAAAUGGUGAAGCACGGUAUUAGGCCAACGAACAUUACUUUCGUUGGUGUGUUGAAUGCCUGUAGUCAUGGGGGCAUGGUAGAGUUGGGAUUUCAAAUCUUUGAAACUAUGACUGAAAAUUAUAAGAUUGAACCACAAAUUGAGCACUAUGGAUGCAUGGUCGAUCUUCUUGGGCGCGUGGGUCGUCUUGAAGAGGCUUAUAACUUCAUUAGAAGCAUGAAAACAGCACCAGACCACAUUAUAUGGGGAUCUUUGCUAAGUGCUUGUAAGAUUCAUGGAAACUCUGAACUAGGAGAACAGGCAGCUAAAGUUUUACUAGAUUGUGGAGACGCUGAUUCAGGUACAUAUGUUCUACUAUCUAAUGUCUAUGCUUCAUCUGGGAAGUGGGGGGAGGCAGCACAAGUGAGGGCGAAAAUUAAGUUGGCCGGUAUUCAAAAGGAACCAGGUUGUAGUUUGAUUGAAGUGAAGAAUGAGGUUCAUGAGUUUCUAUUGGGGGACAUAAGACACCGUGAAAAGGAAGCGAUCUACAAGAAGCUGGAUGAGUUGAGUCAAUUACUGAGAUUAGAAGGCUACUCUCCAGAAACAGAUAGAGUUUUACAGGAUAUUGUGGAUCAUGAGAAAGAAUGGGCUCUAGCUAUACACAGUGAGAGGCUUGCAGUAUGCUAUGGGCUAAUCUCAACUGAACCGUAUACCACUAUAAGGGUUGUGAAAAAUCUGAGAGUAUGCAAUGAUUGUCAUUUGAUGCUCAAGCUCGUUGCUAAGAUUACUAGGAGAAAAAUUGUUGUGAGAGAUCGGAACAGGUUUCACCAUUUUGAAAAUGGGAUUUGCUCUUGUGGAGAAUAUUGGUGAAAAUAAAAACAAGAACACUGUAUUCAACAGGUUUCACCAUUUUGAAAUUGUGAUUUGCAUACCAUAGCAAUGUGAAGCUGAGAUGGUGGCAUAGCUCUGGCAGUGGUAGGAUUGGGUGGGGGAGAGGAAGGGGUGGACGAUAGCUUUGGAGGGUAGGAGAGGAGUGGCCAGUGGGGGAAGAAGUUGGGAAAAUAAAGAAAGAGAAGGGAGGAUAGAGGGUUGGGAUUGGGGCAUUUUUAAUGGAUUCCUUCUCUUUGUAAUUAUUUUUUAUUCUCCAUAUUUUUGUAAUUUAUUGAGAAGAAAUGAACAAAGACUAACUUGAAGGGCUAGACCUCAGCCAACCAUUACCAGAAAUAAGAAUUUUGAUGAUUUCUUUUGGAGAUGGUGUGUGAAUUUAGAUCUGUUUAGGAAAAUUCUAUUCAGACAAUAUGACAUUGUCAUUAUUGUAAAUAAACU